AGAUUAUCAAGAAACAAUGGUGUCGUUCAUAUGCCUUAUCUAAAAAAAUUAAAUACUAGGUUAAGAAUUUGUGGUAGAAUUCUUUUUUAUUCUGUACCAAUGAAAUCUAGCGAUGAUCUCUUUGGAAUACAUUUGAUUUAAACAUUCUUCGAUUCUGUCAGCCAACAGCAUCAUUUAAAGAGUGAAAGAGAAAGCAAAAGAGAAAAUGACUGACUCGGCUGACAUGUUGGAUUUGUACCUGGAUGAUGUUGACGUUUGUCCGACUCCUAGUCUCUUGGAUGGAGUCUCUGACGAUAAUGGUGUGCUCUCCCCGGGAUUAGAACAUGGCUUGUCUUCAGCACUUGCUCAGGAUGACCCAUUACAGCAGUCACCAUUUAGCCAGAUAUCUGGCCUGGCCUCAUCGACACAGUUCGAUUUCAGUCAGUUUGUUACCCCCAAGCUUCAUCACAUCAGCGAUCCAUCCCUAGGGGGUAGUCAGAACUUAAUUGGCCAGACACCUCCUCACCAAUCAUUAGGGAACUCUAACCCACUUCUCCAGACUGCUAAUCAGUACAACACAUUUAAUAUCACUACUGGCCAAGUCAUACAACAACAACAGCAGCAGCAGCAACAACAACAACAGCAACAGCAACAACAACUUGAUUUAGUCCAAAAUUCUGUCUGGAAUACGGCAUCACAGGCCAGCAACUGUUUCUUACAAACCACCCAACAGACUCAAGUAUCGAUGGAAGAGGUGCCGCAAGACAAUGCUAAUACUACCAACCUGAAUACAUCGACAUACUUAACACAUCACGACUAUGCGUUGCCAGCCACGCAGCAACCACUGGCUCGGCUCUCUCACUUCCCGGACAAUGCUGACCCAUCCAAUCAAGCCUCGUUGCUCUCAGCAACACUUCAGUCUACUUCCACACCUUCUAACCCACUUCUUAGCACUGUGCCUAUCACUGCAACAAAUGUUGCAAACUCUCUUAACCACAUACAACAACAACAACAACAACAGCAGCAACAGCAGCAGCAGCAACAAACAUUGUUUCCUUCAAACUCUCAGGUAGCUCUUGCUGCAUCUGACAUUACAGUAAACAGUUACAGUACUAUUCCCUCACAACAACUGCCUCAUACUUUUAGUCAGACAGACUUCCUGGACACCACAGCCCAUAAUACUCAACAGUUACUGCAGCAGCAGCAACAACAACAACAGCAGCAGCAGCAACAACAACAACAGUUACUGCAACAGCAGCAGCCACUACAGCAACAAGUAUGCAAUGGACCAGCUAUGUUGACCUCAGGGACCAGCCAGCAGCAAGUGGUGGUCAGUAACACGGCAGCUAGUAACAUUGUCCAACAAUAUACGUUCCCUACAAUCCGAAAUCAGUCAUUGCAACCAUCAUCACAGCCUGCCAGUGGAUCUCAGUCUAUUGUGACGACAGACCAGUUGAGUCACUUUGACUCUGGCCAUGCUACCGUGCAGCAAAACGCUCAGUAUCAGGCCACUGAGCUGCAGCCACAACAAGCGCAACAGCAGUGCGUUAGUCUAGCCACAAUAGCAUCUUCACCGAGGACUGCACCACCACCAUCUCAGUCAGGACUGGAUCACAUCACCAACCCAACUCAAAUAACUUUCAAACAGGCCAGCUUCCAGCAGCUGGAACAGUUAGUAAGUAAUAGCUUAAAUUCCAAUUUACAAAAUCCUCAAAGCAAUUCCACUAGCAACAUCAUAAUGCAAGCGCCGUUGCUAGGCAACCAGGUUGAUGCAACAGUUACUUUGGCCCAAACUACACCAGUGUCAAACAUUACUACUUACGUUACGAAUGGUUUCCAAGGAACCGCUUCGAGCAGUAUCGGAAACAGCUCCAUGCCAACUGUCACCAGCAGCACCACAGCUGUCACCACCAAGUUAAACCGGUCUAUUGGAUUAGUAUUAAAUGCUGCAAAUCUACAGGUAUGCAGUGCUUUAGGGCCUAAUCAAUCGAAAUGUGUGAUUAUCCCUUGUACACCAGCAACUGCUCAGACAACAAAUAACCAACAACAACAACAACAACAAAUUCAGAUAUCUGACAAUGGUACACAGCUCCGGGCUGUGCCUUCUUCUACCACAACUACAUACAGUAAUAUUGUUAAAAUUCAACCUCAUGGUCAGUUAGGUAAAGGGCAGCAAAUUCAUUUGAUACGAACUGGCCAAUCAGGCCAGGUGUUGCAGAUUCAAACACAGGCCCCAUCUCAAACAGCAUUGCCUUUAAACCAAUUAUUGACUUCAAAUCUUGCCCAAUUGGUCACAACUGAUCAAGUGGGUUCAACCUCGGAUGUUAACCUUCAGGCUACUACCCUCACCAAUCGCAUUGGACAACCCAUUCAAUUGGCAACUGUGAACUCACAACAGCCUGUAGCAUCACAGCCAACGUCCAUUGUGCUCACAACAACACCUCAAGCUAUUUUUACCCCUGCAAGAACAAUCCAAGUAAGCAAUGCCAACAGUCUAGUGCCUUCUCAGCUACAGCCUGGAACCACUGCUAAAGUGAUGACUGUAGCUAAGUCUUCUGUCCCUUCUUCAGCAACCGGUGUUCCCAUAGGUCAGCAGACAUUUAUGAUAACAUCUGCUUCAGGUGCAUUGUCCAAAUUGCAAGCCAGUGGUGGCACUGUUGAGGUGACCAGUGUCAGUACACCAAAAACACAACCACGGACGAAAGUAAUUAGCUUGACGGUGAGACCAUCGACAAAUAAAGCGUCUACAUCAACAUCCACGUCGACGUCGACGUUGACAACACCUAAGCCUGAGAGAAAGCGAAACACAACUUCAAAGAGCAAGAAAAAGACGUACAAAACUCCUCAGGACAAGGCUGAUGAAAUAAUUGCACAAGCUCUGGUGGAUGCUCAGCAGAAAGGGAUUACUCAGAUACCACGUGUGGUCCGUGUUGCUGGAGCUACCUCUGACAAGAAAGAAGACUCAGCUGAAAAGUUGGAGAAACCCAAAAAGAAACGGGAACGUAAGCCGAAAGUUCCGAAAGAGAGAAAACUUAAAUCAGGGAAAAGGUCUAAAGCUGCGAAGAAGAAACGAAAAGUGAAACCAAUUUUGCGAAAGAAAAAGCAGACUGGAUCUGAUAACUCCGACAUGGAAGUAACACCACCACCGUCACCAAAAGGAGAUACUGAUAGUUCGGUCCAGAAGCGACGAUCAGCUCGUAAUACGAAAAGGAAAAAAUAUUGUGAUGAUGUGGAUAUCAGCUUUUCUGAUGAUAAUCCUGAAAUUGAUGUUGAAACUCUGGAUGGGACGGCUAUGCUCAACAGAAUGGAAGUUAUUGAUGAAGAUAUUAUGAUUGUGGAGAAAAUUCUUGGAUCUAGAAUGCGGAAAGUUGACCCUGAUACGGCAACUGAUGAAGAAAUACCUGAAAGGGAGGAUGAGUUUUUUGUGAAAUACAAAAACUAUUCCUAUCUGCAUUCCGAAUGGAAGACGGUGAAGGAACUAUCUACAGACAAACGCAUCCAUAUGAAAGUGAAACGCUACAAGAUGAAACAGCUCAACAGAAGCACAUUCUCAAUGGCAGAAGAAGAAGAGCUGUUUAAUCCAGACUAUGUUGAAGUAGAUCGAGUACUGGAGGUUGCUCACUCAAUUGAUCCCAAAACAAAAGAGAAAGUUGUCCAUUAUUUGGUCAAGUGGACCAGCCUACCCUAUGAAGAGAGUACAUGGGAACUCCCUCAAGAUGUUGAUCCUAAAAAAAUUGAAAUUUUUAACAAAUUACAAAUACCACCCAGUGAAGAAAAACGAAAGCCUAAAGAAAGACCACACCCUUCUGGGUGGAAGAAACUAGAAGUAUCUCGAAAUUAUGAAAACAACAACAGAUUACGAGACUACCAACUGGAAGGUGUAAACUGGUUAACGUUUAGUUGGUAUAAAGUGCAAAACUGCAUCUUAGCUGAUGAGAUGGGUUUAGGUAAAACAAUCCAAAGUAUCACAUUUCUCAAUGAAAUUGAUCUCUAUGGUAUUCCUGGACCAUUUUUGAUAAUUGCACCACUGUCAACCAUAUGUAACUGGCAAAGAGAGUUUGAGACUUGGACAGAAAUGAAUGCUAUUCUCUAUCAUGGAUCCAACACCAGCAGACACAUGAUUCAGGAGUAUGAAAUGUAUUAUAAAGACGAUCAAGGCAACCGGAUUCCAGGAAUCUACAAAUUCCAUGCUUUGAUCACGACUUAUGAAAUGGUUAUUACAGACUGUGAGAUUCUUACAGCCAUUGAGUGGAGGUGUCUAAUAAUUGAUGAAGCUCAUCGCUUGAAGAACCGUAAUUGCAGACUCUUGGAAGGUUUGAAACAGUUUGAAGUGGAACAAAUUGUUCUAUUGACUGGAACACCCUUACAAAACAACACUGAAGAACUGUUCAGCCUCCUUAAUUUCCUAAACCCAAGGAAAUUUGAUUCCUAUACGUCUUUUAUGAAAGAUUUUGGUGAUCUUAAGACAGAAGAACAAGUUGACCGAUUGAAAGAGCUGUUGAAACCCAUGAUGUUGAGACGUCUGAAGGAAGAUGUGGAGAAGAAUUUGGCUCCGAAGGAAGAAACCAUUGUAGAGGUGGAGUUAACCAACAUCCAAAAGAAGUACUAUCGGGCCAUUCUGGAGAACAACUUUGAAUUUCUAAGCAAAGGUUCAUCAAAUGCAAAUAUGCCUAAUCUGAUGAACACUAUGAUGGAGUUGAGAAAAUGUUGCAACCAUCCUUAUCUUGUCAAAGGGGCUGAAGAUCAAAUUUUGGAUGAAGUAAAAAACAAAGGUCCCUUAACAUAUGAAUCAAUGUUUAAUGCUAUGGUGCAAUCUUCUGGAAAACUUGUUUUGCUGGACAAAUUAUUACCUAAACUCCAGCAAGGUAAUCACAAGGUCUUGAUAUUUUCUCAGAUGAUCAGAGUAUUGGACAUACUGGAAGAUUACUUGGUCAACAAACGUUACUUGUAUGAAAGAAUUGAUGGCCGUAUCCGUGGCAAUGCUAGACAAGAAGCCAUUGACAGGUUCUCCAAGCCAGAUUCAGAUCGGUUUAUAUUUCUGUUGUGUACCCGUGCUGGAGGUUUGGGCAUCAACCUCACCGCUGCUGACACAGUCAUUAUUUAUGAUUCAGAUUGGAACCCUCAAAAUGAUUUACAGGCUCAAGCGCGAUGUCACCGUAUCGGACAAAACAAGGCUGUUAAAGUUUAUCGACUAAUUACCAGGAAUUCAUAUGAGCGACAGAUGUUUGACAGAGCUUCCUUGAAACUUGCUUUAGAUAAGGCAGUUUUACAGUCAGUUGGGACAUCAGACAAGCAAAUUGGCAAUCAGGGUGGUUCUCUGUCUAAGCGCGAGGUGGAGGAUCUUCUGAAACGAGGGGCAUAUGGAGCUUUGAUGGCUGAUGACAAUGCAGGUGAUAAGUUUUGUGAAGAGGAUAUUGAAGACAUUCUGAAUAGUCGUACAAGUGUUGUACAAAUCGCCAGUGAAGGAAAGGGAUCAACUUUUGCCAAGGCAAGUUUCAGCAUGAAAAAUAACAGCGACAUUGAUAUAGACGAUCCCCACUUCUGGGAUAAGUGGGCCAAGAAAGCUGAAAUUAAUUACACUGCCCAAUCAAAGAAAAACUUGAUUAUUGAAGAGCCUCGUCAGCGUCGCCAGACUGCCCGCUAUGGCAAUCAGGAUCUUUUCAAAAUGUCUGAUAUUGAUUCUGAUAGCGAAUACGAAGAGUCUGGUGGUGAAGAGAGGAAAACGGUGAGCCAAGGCAGAAAGCGUGGCAGGAAAAAAGGCAGUGGUCGGAAGAAAAUUUUUGAUGAAGAUUAUGAAGCAGAUGAGCUGGUUGGGGAUGGUUAUUCUCGGUCAGAGCUGUUCAAGGUGGAGAAGAACCUCCUAGUAUACGGCUGGGGCCGAUGGAACGACAUUCUCCUCCAUGGUCGUUUCAAACGGAAGUUAACAGAAACUGAUGUAGAAACCAUCUCCAGAGCCUUGCUUCUGUACAGCUUGAAGUUUUAUAAGGGCGAUGAAAGGAUAAAGAACUUUAUUUGGGAUCUUGUCACUCCAUCCAGUACAUGUGCUCUAAAGAACCAUUCAGGACUUUCAGCUCCAGUUCCACGUGGACGGAAGGGUAAGAAAGCCAAGAGGGAAGCAAAGAACUUCUCUGCAGCAAUUGAAAUGGAGAAGGCUAACAUGCAGAUUGACCCAGAAAUGGUUCUCUCUGAUAAUGGUUAUAAACGCCACAUUGAACGCCAUUCCAACAAGGUUUUGUUAAGAGUACGAUUACUUUAUUAUCUGAAACAAGAAGUAAUUGGAGAAGAAGCACAUAAGGUUGUUACCGGCAUGGACUUCAGGGAAAUUGAUAUUCCUCGACCUGGGACUGAUGGUGAGCCUCCUUGUGACUGGUGGGAUGAAGAUGCUGAUAAAUGCCUUCUGCUUGGUGUCUUUAAACAUGGUUAUGAAAAAUACAGCCUGAUUCAACAAGACCCUGCACUUUGUUUCUUAGCACGUUGUGGACCCCCAGAUGGAGCUGCUCUGCUAGCAGAGCAAAAUGACGAUAAUUUUGAUAAUGAAGAUGACAUUGAUGUACAGAUUUGUCGUGAGAAAGAUGAUGAUGAAGACUAUAUAGACCCAACACCAACUAAUUAUACUCGAUUACAACCUACUCACCACUUUGAAGAAGGUAAACUUCCGUUCCCAGCCAUUUCGGAAUUAAAUACUCGACUGAGGCGUGUUAUUACUGGUUACCAAAGAAACCAUUGCAAAAACCAGCUUCUCUUGGCACAGAAAGCCCGGCGGAUUGAACGGCGUGUACGUGCUGAAGCAGCUCAUAAAGAACGGGAAAUCCGAAGAAGGGAAUCUCAACAAAGGUGGUCUCGCCGAGAAGAAGCAGACUUUUACAAGACAGUGUCUUCUUUUGGGAUCGAGAUGUACCCUGGUACAAAGACCUAUAAAUGGGACCGAUUCCGUGCUUUGGCCCGACUUGAUAAGAAAUAUGAUGAAACAUUAAGUGAAUACUUUGAAGCAUUUUAUGAGAUGUGCCAGCAGGCAUGCCAAAAGGAGAAAGAAGAAGUUAGCUGGUUGUCUCACAACAUGAACGCUUGCGUUGAACCAAUUACAGGUGAGAGGGCAAGCCGUUGCUUAUCUAGAAUAAAUCUGCUCAGGAAAAUCCGGGAGGAGACUCUAACCCAUCCCCUGUUUGAAGCACGUAUCAACUUGUGUCAGAUGUCCUAUGAUCUACCGACGUGGUGGCAGAGUGGGAAACAUGACAAGGAACUCGUAUUGGCAGCUGCUAAACAUGGUGUGUCUCGUACUGAUCUCAACAUUCUUCCAGACCCAUCAUUUAGUUUCCAUAUACAGUUACAGAACAAGAUUGAUCCAGCAGCACUUCCCUCCUUCUAUAAACAUUACAACUAUGACCCCCUCAGAGAAUAUGAUUCUGAUUCAAAAGACAGUCAGUUUGUUGGUAAACUUCGUUACUUUGGAGAAGAUGUAAAAUACAUGAAAGGAAUAUCAAACAAGCCACUGUCACCCGACAGCAAUGAUGACAGGAUGGACACCGGGGAAGAAAGCAACCUAUCGAUCAAAAAGGAGCCUCCUUUGCCAAGAGGUGAUGUGCCUUGCAAAAUGGAUGUUAAUGAUGGUGACAGUAAUGGUCACAGCUUUGCAGGUGGUGGUGAGGAUGAUGACGAUGAUGAUGAUGAUAGUGGUGUGGGUGAGGUGAAAGAUACUGACAAAGAUAAAACCAGUCCAUUGGUUUCAGCACCAACCAACUCCACUAGCACCACCACCACCACUGUCAUGUCUUCAUUAUCACCUUCAUUAGGAGCUGACCAUGACCUAAAGACAUCAUCAUCAUCAUUAUCUCAAGCAGAUAUCAAGACGGAGAAGUUACCUUGUGAGACAAAGGCAGAUUUUGUGAAAACUGAACCUGAAGACGGUUUCGAUUCCAAGAAGUCUAUUCUUGGCUUUCGAAAGACAGACAGUGAUUCAGACACUAGAGAUGCAGAUAACAAAACGGUUUUGAAGAAGGAAGACGAUGAUGAGGAGGAGGAAGAAGAGGAAGAAGAUGCAGGGAUUAAUGAUGAAGACGAUGAUGACGAUGAAUUGAGUGUUGACAAACGGUUUAGCAUCAAAGACGAAACCAGCAACAGUGCCCAUGCCAUGCUUGGAAUUAACAAAGAUUCAAUGUCACAUAGUUCAUCUGUUAAUCCUAAUGAUUAUCUGGAUAUGGACCUGGAUUAUGUUGGUAAACAACUUCAAGGAGUCAGUGCCAUCUGGCCCAAGGACAAAGUUUUAGUUGGCCGUCUUCAACAGAUCUGCUACGCCAUUGAAAAUGGUGAGUGGCCGGUGAUAAGGAAGCAGCCGUUCUUGCCCCAGACCACUGAUUCUCAUAUCAACCCUCCAGUCAGCAGAUUGUCUCCCAAGCCUGAAAUCUCCGAUCUUGAACCGGAACUAUCUUUCAUGGAUAGCCUCAAACCAGUGAAGCCUGUUGUUGAGUACACUUCUGAGGUUGAAGGUAUGAAAGUGAAAAUCAGUAAGAAUAAAUUUUGCCGUAAAAAAGAAGAGUUUCAAAUGGACAACGCUCCUUCACUACCUCCAGUGCCAAUGCCAACAUCAGCACCAGUACCAUCUUCACUCCCUACAUUCCCCCAGACGAACCACUGUGCCUUUUCAAGUGAUAAUGACAGUUUAACAGAACCAAUGAAUCUGGCAGCAUCUUUGCCCCAGUAUAACCAAUUUGGAGAAGAUGCGGCCAUGGCAAAAGAAUUAUUUAUAAACCAAAGUUUGCUUCAACAGACAACCAUGAAGAAGAAAAGGGGUCGCAAACGUAAGAGUGAGAAAAUAGCGAACACUCUAGAGGCUAUCAUGAACGAUAAGCUCCUGUCACUGCAAAAUAAUGAAAAUCCAACUGAGCGCAUCACCAUGGUACAUGAGAAAGAUGGGAUUAUUCUAUCUGGGGAAGAAGCCCCGAUGAAAAAAGACUUUAGAGAAUGGAUGGAGCAAAAUCCAGGCUACAAGCCUUUUAUUAGUCUCUCAGACGAAGACUGGGAGCCUGAAGUUGAGAAGCGGCGGCGGCGGCGGCCUAGACUCGACCCAGCAAAAUUGGAUUUUGAAAACCUCACUGGGGAUGAGAAUGUCUCUGUUGUGAACCGUGAAAAUGGGAAAAAGAUUACCGGUGCAAAAGCCCCUCCAUUGAAAUAUCUUGGAGAAUGGCUGCAGAAAAAUCCAUGUUUUGAUGUUGAUCCAAAGUGGGCAGAACUAGUCAUGUCAAAAGGGAAUUUACCAGAUACUUUGAAGUCACGAGUCGUUAGCAGCAGUGGUCGUCGACGUCGCAGCGCCCGUGACACCUACCCACAGCAUAUGGCUUACGCAGAUCCCACUACACUUGCAGCUGCUGCACAGCUUAAUGCCUUCCGCUAUGCCAAUCCUGCUCUUCUAGCAGCUUUUUCCAAACUACCAUUUUCACUACCAUUCGGCACACUUCCCAACUUGGGAAUGGGAAAUUCCAUGUUUAAUUUCCCCGGAUUUAAUUUGCCUGGCUUGACAGCCCCAACUCUUGCAAGCUCUGGAGCUGCUGGUCUUGAUAUUGGUGGCAGCCAGCAGCUUGACAGUAAGGGUUCUUUGAACAGUACAACGGACAAGCAAGUCAGUACAUCGACUUCAACCACAUCACAAACUUCAUCUUCACCUCCACCCACUCCUCAUCCAUCAUUCCCACUGUUAUAUAAGCCCCUUAUUUAUAACCCUCUUUUAGCUGCUCAAAACCUCCGCAACUUCAAUUUGCCAGUCACCCUGGCUUCUUCUUUCCCAUCUUUGUCUCAAGGGGGCAACUUGAUGAAUGGUCAAGCAGACUCUGAUCCCGAAAACAAUGGCCACAUGGCAACAAGUGCUUCUACUGCUAAUACUAUUACUACUACUUCUAUUUCUACUACUACUACUACUGCUGUUGCCAGCAGUGUACCAUCAGUGGUACAAUCGGUGUCAGCUGUGAGCAGUUGUAUGGACAAGAUUGCUGUGAAGGAGGGCAAGAAGGAUUCCAAGAUGAAGACCGAUACAGGGGACAGGGCUGAAGAUCUGAGUGUAAAGAAAACCCCUGCCAAGGUUAGUUCAACAGCUAAGCACCUCUUGAGCCACAUCAGUAAGGACUGUGUGGAGGAAAAAAGCAGUGAAGAGUUGAAAGCUGCCGAUUCAGGAUUGCAGUCUUCUUCUUCAAAAUCGACCACAAAAAACAGGCCAAAAAUCCAGCAGUCUUUGAAAUUGAACCGAAUUGUGGAUUCGCUGAAGGACAAAGUGAAAAACCUGGAUCCAUUACGAAGCAAAAGAGAAAUUCCUCAGGAAAAAACAACGAUGGUUUGUGACACUGCUCUCAGCAGUAACAACAACAACAACAACAACAACAUUAUACAGAUUACUACUAGUAGUAGUAGUAGUAGUAGUUGUAGUGGUGGCAACAGUGGUAGUAGUAAUAGUAAUAAUAAAAACAAUAACAUUAAACAGAAUAAGAAUGACAGCAAUAGCUGUAGUAGUGUUAGCAACAACAUUAAACAGAACAUUAGUAGUAGUAGAAGUAGUAGUAGUAGUAGUAGCGAUAGCAACAGCAGCAACAAUAACAACAAUCACCAUAAUAUUAAUAUGAAAGAAGAUGUCAGUAACAACACUGAGACGAAUUGUAUUAGUAGCAGUAGCAGUAGUAGUAGUAGUAGCAGCAACAUAAUUACCACCACAAGCAGUAAAAGUCACAACAGCAGCAAUAGUAGUAGUAUUGGUAAUAUAAUUAACACCUCAAGCAGCAAAUGUCACAAUAACAAUAGAAGUAGUAGUAGUAGUAGUAGUAGUAGUAGCAACAGCACUAAUACCAUCACCACCACCACCACCACUAUCACCACCACAAACAACAACAUCAACAACAAUAAUAAUAGUCCGACUGAAAGUGUGGAACAAGACAAAGCAGAAGCAUUUGGGGAAGAAAGAUGACAGAAGCAUAUUUAAUGGGGGAAAGUGGACAUUAAGAAAGGGUUUGUUUCUAACCCCACCAGAAAAAAAAAACAAUCCAGAAACAACAAGAAAUACAAAAGAUAACAGUAAAAAGGAAAGGAAAAGAAGCCAAGACAAAAAUACCAUUAUCAUUAUUAUUAUUAUUGUUUUGUCUAAGGGCUUGCUUGGACUUCUUUGUUUUCCUUAACACACUAACCAGACAUUUGGAGGUUUCUUUAUCCCCUAAAUUAAAAAAAAAAUUAUCAUUAUCAUCAUAGUCAUCAUCAUCCUCAUCAUCAUCAUCAUGAUUAUUAUUAUUAUUAUUAUUAUUAUUAAUGUUGUUGCACAAAUUGGUUGGAAUAGUAGAACAUUGGACAAAACCUUACAGCACUUGGUCUUGUUUCUCUCUCUCUCUCUCUCAUUUUCUUUCUUCUGAAAUCCGAGUCAGCUUUGCUAUUUUCUACCAUUGAAGUGAAUGAAAGAAGUCCCUGGAGAUGCAAUAAACAAUGUCAAUUUGACUUUACGUUCUUCAUCCCUUGUGGCUGAAUGGCUUGGGUGUCGAGCUCACAAUUAUUAGGUCAUGGCUUCAAUCCCUUGGCUGGGUGGUGUGUUGUGUCCUUGAGCAAGAACUUCAUUUUACAUUGCUUCCAGUCCACUCAACAGAAAUUGAGGACCAGCAAAAACUUGUGAGCGUUAAGCUUAUGACAGACUGAAGUCCUGCACCUGGAGAGUCUUGAACGCUCAGUCAUUUAAAUGCCAUUGAAACUAGAAAAAGCUCUGACCAAAUGGCCAUUCAGGCUUGAGACAGACUUCAUCCCCUCUGCAAAUAUUCACUUUAUUUAUGCCUUGUGGAAAAAAAAAGAAAAGCCAAAUUAUUAUUAUUAUUAUUAUAAUUAUUAAACAGUGUUGGUUGCAUUCCAUGAACAAUGACAGAAUUUUUUUCCUUCAUUUUUGGAAAUCUCUGUGAUUUCCUAACAAUUCCAUUUUUCCUGGCAGCAUUUUAACUUUUAAUUUUCAAUUUUUUUAAUUUCUUAAUUUUUUUAAUUUUAAUUUUUAAUUUUUUUUUUUUCGUUUUAUUGAUUGGUUGAUUCUCACUUGUUUGGUUUUUUUCUUUUCUUAAAUUUCUGAUAAUACUGAUUUAUUGUUUUUUUUUUUUUACUGUAGUUUUAUUAAUAUGGUUUUAUUAUUAUUAUUAUUAUUAUUAUUAAAAGUGAGUACCACAGAGUAGAUGUAAUCUUUUAGCAAACCAAGCUCAUGACCAAGUUUUUGACUCCCAGUUGUAGCAUUUUCACUUCAUUAAUACCAGUAAUGUCUUUGGAGAAGGUAUGAAAUUCCUAUCUCUCAUAACCCUUCACACAAAGAGAUAUCUCAGCUUUCUUGUCUCAAUAAGAAACACUUGUUGUUUUGAUGGCUAGAAAGAGUGAUAGAGUUGAUAGAACGAUGCUAUUUAAUUACAUCACUUUAUCAUAACCUGAGUUGAAAUGUUAGUGGGGACAGGUUUUUUUUUUUUCCUCCUUUAACCAACUCUUUUGUGUGGGAUAAAGAAAAUGCCAAUGAAAAACAAUUUAAUUGACUCUGCCCUCUUCCCUCGAGCUUUUCAUUCUGAGUUCAAAUCCCUGUAGGCCAGGGUUUUGCCUUCGGGUCUGAUAAAAAUAAAAGUGCCAAUCAAAUACUGACAUUAAUUUAAUCAUCUCUACCCUAUCCACCUUCACCCUGCCAGAAUUGUGGCUUUGUGCCAAAAUUAAGGAAUCCUCAUUAUUUUACUGCACAUCACUGAAAUUACAAUCAAGAAAUAGAUUUCCACAAUGGAUAUUAAAUAGUCACUCUCUGGCAAAAGGAUAUUUAUACAAAUGAACUUCUGGUUUAGAUUCUGAAAUAAGUCUACAGCGAGAGCACCAUAGCCCUCACUUGUUUCCAUGGUAAUCAGUUUGGAAUACUGAUAAUUCUAAGACUAAAAUGAUUUGGUCAGCUACUCGUGCAUAGGUGAGAAACUUUUUAAGUAUCAGGGGAAAAUUGCAGUGACUAAGAAUCUGUGAAGGAACAUCUAAGCUGAGGAAAAUAAUGGAUCCCUAAUUUUACAUUUUCUUAGGUUUGUAAUUCAAAUUAAAUUUUUGUUUUAGUAUUAAGGAAUAAGCCCCCUUCUGCUUUGUUUAUAUGGCUAUUUGGCAUUUCAAAGUUGAAUGUUCUCAAGACAAGAAGUAUCCCUUCAUUCCUAUACGAAUGGAUCAGGCAAAUAUUUUGUCUUUGCUAAAUAUCUAUGAUAUUGCUAUGGUUUCUCAUUUUGUUGUUGUUGUUAUUAAAUUAUUAUUAUUAUUAUUAUUAUUAAGGUGGUGAGCUGGCAGAAUCAUUAGCACGACGGUGAAAUGCUUAGCGGUAUUUUGCCUGUUGCUACGUUCUGUGUUCAAAUUCCACCAAGGUCAACUUUGCCUUUCAUCCUUUCAGGGCCAAUAAAUUAAGUACCAGUGAAACACUAGGGUCAAAGUAAUCAAUUAGUUGUCUCCCUCAAAAUUUCAGGGCUUGUGCCUUUAGUAGAAAGGAUUAUUGUUAUUAUCAUCAUCAUCAUCAUCAUAGACAGAGGGUGCUUUUAAUACUUGAGUAAACCAAACGUGCCACGUUUUUGAAAUUCCUUCCUUGUGACCCCAUAAAUAUUCCUAAAUGUCUCAUAUUCCCACUUGCUUUUUAAUUCUAGGACCCUGUUCUGGUAUAAGUGUCAAUCCUGCUCUAAGGUUAAAUUAGACUCCGUUUCCUCAGAAGUCGUCAAUAUAACUAAACGGGGGUUAAUUCCGUUUAUUAAAACCUCUUCCCACUAAAAUUAUACUUAAAUGAAAUAUCAUCAUGAUCUUCUAUAUUCCAAGUUCAAAUUGUACCAAAGCCUCCCAUCCUUUUGGGGCUGAUGACAAAUUAACAGUCAAGUACUGUUGUAAUUAAUUGUUCUCUCUCUCUUCAAAACGGCAAACCUUGAACCAAUGAUUAUUAUUAAGGCUGGUGAAUUGGCUGACUCGUUAGAGCAUCAAAAAAGAAUGCCUUGUGGCAUUUGUUCUGGCUGUUGUGUUCUGAGUUCAAACUCUGCUAAUGUCAACUUUGGUCUUCAUCCUUCUGAGGUCAAUAAAAUAAGUACCAGUUGCGUCCUGGGGUUGGGGGUCGAUGUAAUCGACUGACCCCUUCCUCUAAAUUUCCAGACAUUGUGCCUAUAUUAGAGUUAUUACUUUUAUCACGAUUCGAGAGACAAGCAGAAACCGAAGAGCACCAAGAUGCUUCACAGAGUUAUUUCCCUUUGCCUUUGAUCCCUCUGCAGAUUAAUUAACCCAUUAGAAUUCAGAUUACUUUGUCAAAUGUAAUCCUGAUUUAAUUCCAUUGUUUUGAAUUAAUCCUGGAUUAUCUUAUAGCUUUGGGAUUUUGAUAAUGUAACUGCUUAUUUUCAGAAUGACAUUGUAGGGCAGGUGCGAGAGGCCAGAUCUGGCUAGUUUGAACAUUGAACAGAAGAAUAUUUGGGCUGGACAUGACUGGUCUAAAUGCUUAAAGAGUUAAGCCGGUGAUUGAACUCUUCUCUCCACAAUUUGUGGCUUCAUGUCGCAGUCAACAACCAUCAGCAUCAUUAUUACGAAAUUCACUGAAAGUUAUAAAACCAAAGAAACAACGAACAG